CUCAGAAAUCAAAUCACAUACCAGUGGUGUCAUGUAAUAAUAUGAACAAAUUAUCCUCUCAGAGUAAUACAGACAAUAAUUCGAUUGUUUCUAUCUCGAAAGCCUGUUUGGGUGAUAAAUUAGUUUCGAAGGUUGGAUUCGCAAACCUACCCAACCAAAUACACCGGAAAGCUGUUCGGAGAGGUUUUGUUUUUAAUCUUAUGAUUACCGGAAACUCUGGGUUGGGAAAGUCUACCUUUAUUAACUCCUUGUUUCGUACGGAUUUGUACAAUGCUGAGUAUCCUGGUCCAUCAAAGCGAUCGUAUUGUUCUGGAACUUGUGUAGAUUCAAAAACAUUUGCAUUAAAUGAAGCCAAUGUUUCUCUUCUACUAACAAUAAUUGAUACUCCAGGAUUCGGCAGUGAAUUAGAUAAUUCUGCAAGCUGGAAACCUCUGGUAAAACAUAUCGAUUCUCGUUUCGAAUCCUAUCUUCGAGCUGAACUAAAUGUCUCUCGUGAAACAGUUGGUUCUGGAGCAACGUAUCAACCAAGCUUACCGAAUGACAAACGAGUCCACUUGUGUUUGUAUUUUAUUUCUCCUAAUGGGCAUGGUUUGCAUCAACUAGAUUUAGAAACACUUAAACAGCUGCAUAACAGAGUCAAUGUAGUCGUUAUUAUUGGUAAAGCAGACAGUCUUACACCAGAUGAAUGUAUGCAAUUUAAACAAACAAUACUUCAAGAGCUACAAAAUCAUAAUAUUAAAUUAUACGAUUUCCCUGAAUUGGUUGCUAAAUUAGGUGGUGCUGAUGAAUCAUGUUCAAUCAAUGAAAUUCGUCAGGCUCGAGGACGUCAACCAUUUGCUGUGGUCACUAGUAAUAGUCUUGUUACACUACCAGACGGUAGGAAGGUGUAUGGGCGAUCUUAUCCAUGGGGUAUUGUUGAAUGUGAAAAUCUUGCACAUAAUGAUUUUAAUGCAUUAAGACAUUUAUUAAUGAAUGUUCAUUUGCAGGAUCUAAUUGAUGUGACACAUCAUGUACACUAUACCAAUUAUUUUUCAUCACGUUUAACAAGUAUUGCUGAAGCAAGUAAAUUUUUAGCCACUGAAGAUAGUCGUGAACCUUUAAGUCAAUUAGAAACGGAACGUUUAGCUCACCAACGUAAAUUGGCUAAAUUAGAAUCUGAAAUGGAGAAUGUUUUUGAACAAAAAGUUCAUGAACGUACAAAUAAAUUAAUUGAAACAGAACGUGAUCUUGUGGAACGUGCUGAACAAUCAGAGAAACAUUUAUUAUUACAGUUAACCGAGUUCGAAAAACGUAGACAAGAAUUCGAAGAUGAACGUGCUAUGUGGGAAGCAGAAAAUCGUGAAUCUUUGGAAGCUCUGCAGAUUACAACAGAUCGAGGUGAUUUUCUCAAGGAUAAAUUUCGAAUUAAACGUAAAGGAUUGUUUUGAUUUUCAAAACAGUUGUACUUUUUUUUGAAGGGUUUCGAUUUAGGAAAAUGUUUGUUUAAUUUAUCAUUUCACACAUAUAAUCGAGUAUUUUUAACAGUGAUAAAUAAAUAUCCAUAGAUCUACAGAAUAUGUAGUUGAAGUUUGUAAAUUACUUAUAAAACUCAUGCUUUUCGUAUUCACAUUAUGUAAUUUCAAGAUUCCACUGGUUACUUUCUUUUGUGCGCCUUCUUUUAUUGUCUUCCUUUAUCCCAACAGACAUAAUACAUUGAAUAAUGAAACUUUUGUUUUAUUUUACAAUAACACUGUUGGUUAUAUAUGUUAAUAUCAUCUUUCCACUUUAUCAUCAUUAUUCAAUUUUGAUUUCAGUAAAACAAAAGUAAUUUUUAUAGUUGUUAUUUACUCUAAUUUUCUGUGUUACAGGUAAUUGGAAAC